AUGGUCUCAAUCUCAUUCCCUCCUGUAACGGCAGUCUCUUCUGACCCAGUGGUAAUACAAGCAAGGGUGGCAAACUUUGAAGAUGGAAAGGUAUAUUUAGAUAAUGAAAGUUCCUCCGACAUAAUAUAUGACCAUUGUUUUCAAAAGUUACCUCAAAGAGUUAGAGAUCUUAAACGUCCAUCAAGGACUCAGCUUGUCAGUUUCAUGGGGGAGUCUAACAGGCCGGUAGGAGAAGUUUCAAUGGAGGUUAUGAUGGGAGAAUACCCGUUUCACCAGAUUGAACUCAUUGAGUUCAUGAUAAUAAGAGCCCCCUCUGAUUAUAAUGUCAUACUAGGCAGACCUUCCAUGCAAAAAUUUGGGGCAAUUACAUCAACAGUUCAUGGAAUGGUGAAGUUCCCAACUCCAGCUGGAAUAGCUACAAUUCGAGGACGAAUGACUUGGACAGAAGAAUGCAGGCAAGUUGAAAAAGUUCUACUAAGAAAGGUUGAAAAAUUACAAGAAAUUCAAAUGCAAGAUGGUCCCGAAGAAAAGACAUCUGAUAUGACAGGAGUCGCAAGGGAGUUAGCUGAGCACGCAUUAAAUGCCAAUCCCAACAUUUCACCAAUAAGACAAAAGAAGAGGGAAAUGUCUCAAGAUAGAAGCAAAGUUGCAUGUGAGCAAGUCAACGAAAUGGUGGAAGCUGGAAUUCUUAGAGAAGUUAAAUAUCAAACUUGGGUAGCCAACCCAGUCAUGGUAAAAAAGCCAGAUGGUUCUUGGGGACUUUGUGUAGAUUUCAAAGACAUCAACAAAGCUUGCCUGAAAGAUAACUACCCUAUCCUAGAAAUUGACUGGAAGGUGGAAUCUCUUGAUGGGUUUAGAUUAAAAUGUUUCUUGGAUGCUUAUAAAGGGUACCAUCAAAUUUCUAUGAAGAAGAUAGAUGAAGACAAGACAGCCUUCCAUACUCUGAUGAGAAAAUGGUCACUAUCUCUGGAACUGAUUCUUCAUUGGAUAAUGUGCUUGCCCAUCCAUCCUCAAGGGAUGCUCUGA